CUCUGCCAGUGCCUCAGGGACCCCCGGGCAGUGCCAGUGAGACCCGCAGCAGCCGUCCAGGUUUCCUUGGUGACUGUUGCCAGGAAGGCGGCACGUGUCUCGGGGCUAUUUCUGCCCGCGGGAGUGUUGCAGGAAAGGAAAGGAAGAGAAACCACAGGGACCCUGGAGAAGCACAGAUGGACGUGGGCUGGCUGGCUGCCCUGCCUUGGCUUCCUUAGAUCCCGUGAUGUUACAGCAUUACCUGCUGCCUGUGCUGGGGUUGUAGCCAAAGAGGAAUGACUCCAAAGAUGUGCAGUUAUUGGAAAGACCUAUAAAUGCACCUAAAGAAGCUCACCCUCAUCUUCGUCCACCGCGACCUGAGCCGCGACCGCCCCCUCGUCCUGCUCAUGCACCUGCUGCAGCUCGGGCCCAUCAUCAGGUGCAUGGAGGCCCUGGUGGUGUUCUGCUUGUCGGGGAGGGAGGAGGAGCCCUACGUGACCAUCACCCGCAAGCGGAGGCUGCGGAAUGGCUAUGAGGUGGAGAUGGAGCAGGAGGUGGGGCACUCCGAGCGCCGGCUCGCCACCCACCGCAACGCCUUCAAGCGCAUGGCAGUCAUCCAGGCCUUCCUGGGCUCCACCCCGCAGCUCACCCUCCAGCUCUACAUCAGCAUCCUAGAGAAGUACGUCCCUGUUGCCCGAGCCGUCCUCAUGGGCAUCUGCCUGGUGUCAGUCACCUACGGGGCUCUUGUCUGCAACAUCCUGGCCAUCCAGGUCAAGUAUGAUGAUUACAAGGUCCAGCUACGACCAUUGGCUUUCCUCUGCAUCGUGCUGUGGCGCAGCCUGGAGAUCUCCACCCGUGUGGCUGUCCUCGUGCUCUUCAGCACCGUCUUCAAGCACUGGAUCAUCCCCGUUGCCCUGGCCAACCUGCUGGUCGUUUUCUUCCUGCCCUGGGUGCAGUUCUGGCGGAGCGGCACCCGCCUGCCCGACAACAUCGAGAAGAACUUCAGCCGGGUGGGCACGGUGGUGGUGCUCUGUGCCUUUACCCUCCUCUUUGCCGGCAUCAACAUGUUCUGCUGGUCAGCAGUGCAGCUCAAACUGGCUGACCGGGACCUCAUUGAAAAGUCACAGAACUGGGGCCUCCUGGCCGUGUAUUACGUGGCCCGGCUGGUGGAGAACACGGCCCUCGUUGUCCUCUGGUACUUCUUUAAGACAGAUGUCUACGAGAACAUCUGCACGCCACUGCUGGUGGUGCAGCUGCUCCUCGGUUACUGCCUGGGCAUCUAUUUCAUGCUCCUCUUCUUCCAGUACCUUCAUCCCUGCCGCCAGCUCUUCAGCCACAAUGUUGCCGACUUCCUGCACUGUGUCUGCUGCCGACGGCGCCUGCCGGGGACCCCUCUGCGCCUCCAGCCACCUCAUGAGCCUGGGGUGAGGCACAGCAUUGUCUGAGGAACAGCCACCACACAGCUUCUCUGGCUGGCUAUGGACACGGGGACAGGCAGCGUGGGGCCAGAGGGGGAUGAUGGCACAAGCCAUGCCAGAGGCACCUGUGCUGGCAGGUCCCAGGGUGUCCCCAUGGUGGCACAGGGACAGAGUGUGCCUGCGGUCCUGGCAUCGUGCGCAUGGACACGAAGGAUUUAAGGGGUGCCUGAACCACCUGCCAUGUGUGACACAGCCCCUGAGGUGCCCCUACCCCCCCUGCUGUGGUACACACGGUGACCUGGGUGCUGUUGGGACUGUUUUUAGCAGUAAAGAAACUUCGUGGUG